CAGCCGGUGUUUUGUGGCGAUAGUGUAAUAAAAUAAUGCUUGUUGUAUUUUAGUUUGUGCAACUUACAAAGAAGACUUGAAAUUAAAAACCCGGUUUUUAAUUUUUAUAUUACAAACGAAAUAAUGAAUGACAAUGGUUGCAUACACUUAAGUAAUUUUAAGGCAGCGAAAGGAACGAAUCCCUAUAAAAUCGUACAUGCAUUUUUUGUUUCCUGUACAUCUUUUGAAGCACGAAGAUACAAAGCUACAUCAUGCCUCUGCUUUGCCUGCGGUCAACCUGGCCCACGUAUGCACUCCUGUCUUCAUUGCAUUUACUUUGCAUGUUACGCUGGCCAUAUACAAGAGCAUUCAAAGUCUAAAAAACAUUUCCUUUAUGUAGAUCUGAGUUAUGGAAAUGUAUAUUGUACACAAUGCCAAGAUUAUAUCUAUGAUAGAGAAUUAACUGAGAUUGCAAUGAGUCAUAGAUUAAAAGAAGCCAAGUCUCUUGGAAUCAGUGCGCCUUUCAUGCCUUGGUUGCCUAACACCAACGAAGCGCUUGCUUUACGCCGUCUACGCAAGCGGCGUCUCAUCAGCCCUCACACAACCAUUGGUCUCCGAGGUCUGCAGAACCUGGGCUCCACCUGUUUCAUGAACUGUAUUGUACAGACUUUAAUCCACACUCCGUUGCUACGCGAUUAUUUUCUCGGCGAGAAGCACAAGUGUAAGGCACAAGGCACUGGGAAAUGUCUAGUGUGUGAAGUCUCAAAGCUGUUCCAGGAGUUCUACUCGGGCGCGAAGACCCCGUUGACUCUGCACCGCCUUCUGCACCUGAUCUGGACGCACGCGCGCCACCUGGCGGGUUACGAGCAGCAGGACGCACACGAGUUCUUCAUCGCCACGCUGGACGUGCUGCACAGGCACUGCAUGAACGGAGUAGAAGACACCGAAAAGAAGGAAAAUGGCCGUUGCAACUGCAUCAUAGAUCAAAUAUUCACGGGCGGCUUGCAAAGCGACGUAGUCUGCACCUCUUGUUCCGGCGUAUCCACCACUAUAGACCCAUUCUGGGACAUAAGCUUGGAUGUGGCCGGGCCGGGAUCUUUGCAAGCUUGUUUAGAGAGAUUUACCCGCGCUGAGCAUUUGGGGUCCGCAGCAAAGAUAAAAUGUUCCAAAUGUCGUGCUUACCGCGAAUCUACUAAACAACUAACCCUGGAAACCCUUCCUAUAGUGGCUAGUUUCCACUUAAAACGCUUCGAGCAUUCUUCCCAGAUUGAUAGGAAGAUUUCCGCCUUCGUUUCCUUCCCAGCGGAAUUAGAUAUGACUCCUUUUAUGUCUUCGCAUCGCCGUGCCGUGGAUGUGGGGGUUGAUAACAAUAAUGCUCCCGAAGGCAUUUUCGAGGAUAAUCGCUACUCGCUAUUCGCCGUAGUGAAUCACUUGGGGUCUCUCGACGCUGGACAUUAUACGGCCUAUGUGCGACAGAUGAAAGGCAGCUGGUUCAAAUGUGACGAUCAUAUGAUUACCCGCGCGUCUCUGAGGGAGGUUUUAGAUAGCGAAGGGUAUCUUCUCUUCUACCACAAGACUGUUUUGGAGUACGAGUGUGAUGUAUCUUAAACGCUUAACAACUUAAAUUGUUGUAAGUCAAAUCACAAUUAUAUUUCUGAAAAUGAAUCAUUAUCUUACUGUCUGAGGCCCAAGCACGAAAUUUGACAGCUCUUGCCCGCCUAGCAUGAGCACCGUGAUAUGAUAUAUUACUCGUUUUUAUCAUGCUCAAGUGUCAAAUUACUAUGGAGUUUGUCAGUUACACGCGAUCAAAAACGUGAUAUAACGUAAAUUGAGGUGCUCAUGUUACGAGGACUGAUUCGUAUUGCAUCGCCAAAGUUUCUAUGGAAACUAAGCAACGCGCGCACCAGACAUAAAAACAAACUGUUUCCUUCCAUACAAAAUUUGACGAUGACGAUACGAUUACGGAUCUUUCAAAGUUGGCGCUUGGGGUACUGGUGUAGUUCCACAUCAUAUCUAUACGACAUUUGGAAUGCUUAUAACUAGGUAAGUCGAGACUUAAUUUUGGAUAUGUUAAAAUUAAAUAAAAAAAAGUCAUGUUGCCCUC